CCGGUUAUGGACGUGUGUCUGAGCUCCGUGCAGCAGCCUGGGCGCUUGGGGGGAGAACCGAGCUCCCCACCUGGCUGGUUGGAGGCCGAGAAGGAGGGGGCUCUCCAGAAAGAUGGCGCCGGGGGACCCCCAGGAGAUUCUAACAAGAUAGAAGCAACUCUUCAUAGCCUCCAGAAAUUUGUUCCUACAGAUUAUGCCAGCUACACUCAGGAGUAUUAUCAGUUUGCAGGCAAGAAGAUAGUCAUUCAAGAAUCCAUAGAGAGUUAUGGAGCAGUGGUGUGGCCAGGGGCUACAGCUUUGUGUCACUAUUUGGAGGAACAUACAGAUGAACUGAAUCUCCAAGAUGCUAAAAUACUUGAAAUUGGUGCUGGACCAGGCCUUGUUUCCAUCGUGGCCAGUAUUCUAGGAGCUCAAGUCACAGCAACUGAUUUGCCUGAUGUCUUAGGAAACCUUCAAUACAAUCUUCUAAAAAACACACUAAAAUGUACAGCACAUCUGCCUGAAGUGAAAGAACUGGUAUGGGGGGAAGACCUGGAACAAAACUUCCCCAAGUCAACUUUUUAUUAUGAUUAUGUUCUGGCCUCGGAUGUGGUCUACCACCAUUACUUCCUGGACAAGCUGCUCACCACCAUGGUGUACUUUUCCCAGCCAGGAACUGUGCUGCUUUGGGCAAACAAGUUCAGAUUCAGCACAGAUUAUGAAUUUUUAGAUAAAUUCAAUCAAGUUUUUGAUACAACACUCUUGGCUGAAUAUCCGGAGUCAUCUAUUAAACUUUUUAAGGGGAUAUUAAAAUGGGGUUAAAUCAAAGAAAAUGCCGUUCAAAA